AUGGCCUCCGCCUGCGUCAAUGUUGUCGGAAUGGCGCCGGAGAACUUCCUCGAGUACAUGCCUUUGUUUCCUUCUUGCAACUGGUUCGGUGCAAAAAUAUCUUCCAGCUGCGAAAUCUCCGACAAUGGCGCAUCAAAGAAUGGCGUUGUUGAGAAGAUCAUGGAGCCCGGUUUCUUCGAGGUGGACGUGUCUGGGAAAUUGGAGACGGAGAGAACGGGGAGCGAUUCGGUUGAUUUUGAGUUCCGGCUUGGCAAUACCGUGUCGAAGAUGCUCCCAGCUGACGAGCUCUUCUCGGACGGAAAGUUAGUCCCGCUCCAGAUUGCAUUGGCGAAGGCGGAUGAGGAGUGUCCGCCGAAGGCUCCGGCACACUCGCCGGAACCAAUGAAAGCGCAACUCGGCGUCGAAAUCGCGGGAUCUGAUGAUCCGCAUGAGUUUUCUCCCAAAGCGCCGAAGUGUUCUAGUCGGUGGAAGGAACUACUCGGUCUGAAGAAGGCGCAUAACCCUAAGCCAAUGCACCAAAAAUCCACGCUUGCUGCUUCCAUGGCCGAGAAUGCCAAAUCUUUGAAGCAUUUCCUUUACAGAAACUCCAAAUCUUCUUCGUCCUCUGACUCCUCCUUGAGUCUUCCACUCUUAAGGGACUCCGAUACCGAAUCGAUUUCCAUUUCAUCCCGCCUCUCACUCUCCUCAUCCUCCUCUGGUGCAGAUCACGAAGACUUCCCUCGUCUCUCCUUCGAUUUUGACAAGCCGAACCCUAUCCAAAUCUCGGCGACGCCCUUGCUCCGGAAUCAUCCCCGGGUGAGAUUCACGGGAGUCAAAUCUUCCGCCUUGGACGGUAAUGUUGCAUUGCGAGUCGCCCGCAGUCGGACUCGUCGAAUCCCGGAGUACGGUGAGAUGCCACCGCCUCGUGGGGGGUCUGUGGACAGCCCCAGGCUCAACGCAUCCGGGAAGGUAAUCUUCCAAGGGCUUGAGAGGAGCUCGAGCAGUCCGAGCACUUUCAAUGGCGGGCCGAGGCAUCGACCACGCGGAAUGGAACGCAGCUACUCAGGCAACGUCCGGGUAACGCCGGUCCUCAACGUUCCUGUAUGCACCCUUCGGGGUUCAGCCAUGUCUGUCUCAGUAUUUGGCUUAGGGCAGCUAUUCUCGCCGCAGAAGAAGGAGAAGAAGCACUUUAACAGCAGCAGCAAUGGCGUCAGCAGCAGAACCAAAGCAAAGAACGCCAAAUCUGAUUUUUGA